AUGGAGGGCUCGCUGGUAGAGGUCGGGUUCUUGGAGGAGCUGUUCGGCUUCGGCAUGCAGCUCACUUGGCACUCUGGCGGGAUGCUUGCUUCGACACCAGCCCAGGCUGGCUCCCAAAUCCACGGACAACGAGUCGAGCACUGGUGGUCGCGUCGGCGGCGGUGGCGCUUACCUGGUCAACAUUGCCAGGUGAGCUAUCGAGCGCCAGCGCCGGCAGCGGUGCAGCAACAGCAGCAACAGGUGGUCGGCGCACCGGUGCUCGGCAGCGGCGGGUGGCCGAUGCUGUUGUCGUCGCUGGUAACGGCAAGGCGCCCGGAGGAGUGGGGGCGCCAGGGAAGGGGCGACCUGCUCGCGGACUGGGUCGCUGCACUUCCGCAGACUUCGGAUUGCACGAACGAGGAGGUGAGGGCAGUGCAGGCCCUCCCUGACGGACGGCUGGCGUCGGCCUCGCAAGACCACACCGCCAGACUGUGGACCCCAGAGGACGAAAAGAGCGAGGGGGCCGGCGGAGUGUACUACGACAUCGGAGACACCUUUGCGGACGACAACCAUUGGGUCGUCUCCCUGGCCGCCCUUCUACCGGGGAUUGUCCCCGAGUGUCCCCAGGGGGGCCUCGUGACCGGGUGCUUGGACAAGCUCAUCAGGGUGUACGACCACCAGGGAAAGCAGCAACGGAUGCUCCAGGGCCACGACGGCGGUGUCAUUUAUUUCAGCUGGACAGCGGCAGACCAGGCGGCUCAUUAGCGGGAGCUGGGGCGGCACGGCA